AUAAAAAGUAAAAUGCACAUAAAUACAUAAUUCACAAUCGGAAAUAGUCAGGGAAGCCAUCUUGAUUUUAAGGAAAGGACAAAAUGCAUGUACGACUGAUUCGAUGCAGAAAUUACUUUAUUAAAGGAAAGAAAGAUAUAUUUCGAAAAACCAAGAGAGCAGGCAUAACAAAUUAAUCUCAUGUCUGGCUCGUUUACAGUCAAACCUUUGCUUGCCAGACCAGAACUCAUCACCACUAUAGACACUGGGUAUGAAAUGAAUAGAGUAACAUGUCUCGGUGAUAAACACAUUUGGACAUGUGGAGAAGACAAAGUCAUGAAACUUUACAACUUACGUGGGAGAGUAUUACAGUCAUUUAAAACUGAGCUAGGGGACUUUCCUGGUGACAUUGCUGUAACAAGAAGUGGAAAUCUACUCUAUACUGACCCUGAAUCAAAAACUAUAAACGUAGUGGCAAAUCAACGGAAAAAAGAAUCGAAAGAAUUUCAAAUGUGGAAACCCUACAGUAUCUGUAGUACCUCUUCUGGUGACCUCCUGGUUUACAUGAUUAGUGAUUUCCAUAAACAAUCAAAAGUUGUCCGUUACUCUGAUAGCUUCAUAGAGAAACAAUUAAUUCAGUUUGAUGAAAAAGGAAAACCCUUGUUUUCACUAGGUUUCAUUAAAUACAUCAGUGAGAAUAGGAAUCUGGAUAUCUGUGUGGCUGACAAUGGAGCAAGUACCGUAGUUGUGAUUAAUAGGGCUGCAAAACUCAAAUUUAGAUAUUCUGGUUGUUACUCUGCAUCCAAAAAAUCCUUUGAUCCAUACGGGAUUACAAUAGACAGCCAGAGUCAGAUCCUAAUAGCAGACUGUUACAACAACUGUAUACACAUACUAGAUCAGGGCGGUUAAUUUCUCCGUUACGUACGACUUAAACUAGACCUUCCUUGGGGUUUGUGUGUAGACACAAGAGACAAUCUCUUUGUGGCCGAAUGGGGCAGUGGUAAAGUUAAGAAAAUCAAAUACAUGCAAUAGCUCUUAUUUCCAUGUGGUGAAUUAUCAUAAGUUUCAAAAUCAACCAAAAUUCAUCGGAACAUUAGCUAGAAUUGAAAGUUCUAGAUGUCAUCAUAAAGCGGAAAAAGUAAGUUGUGUAACAUUAACAUUUGUAUAUUAUUUGUACAUUUUGUCAAGACUUAU